AUGAUGACGCCUAUGCGUUAUGUUGUACUCGUGCUGGCCAUAGUUAUCAGUUUACACUACAUCCUAAGCUUUACUCACGAGGGAUAUGGGCAAGUCACUUCAAUCUCGAAUCUGAAAAGUCAAUGGUCUGCUGGUAGGCCGCCCUACAAGACCCCAGUGCCCGAUGAAUACUAUGUGUCGGACAACGUUACUGCUCCAUCAGGACGGAAAGCAAAUGCUGCAAUUGUCAUGUUAGCGCGAAACAGUGAUUUGAAUGGCAUAGUGAUUAGCAUGAAACAAAUGGAAGAUCGGUUCAACAAGAAGUUUCGUUAUCCUUAUGUCUUCUUGAAUGAGGAAGACUUCACCGACAACUUCAAGAAUCGUGUCACAGAACUUACCGAUGCCCAAGUGGAAUUCGGUUUGAUUCCAAGGGAGCAUUGGUACCAACCAGAUAGCAUUGACGAAGCGAAAGCUUCCGCUGCCCGUGCCAACAUGGUGAAGAACAAUGUGAUUUAUGGUGGUAUGUAUCGAAACAUGUGUCGUUUCAACUCUGGUUUCUUCUACCGACACCCUCUCCUCGAUAAAUAUAGAUAUUACUGGCGUGUUGAGCCCGACGUCAAGUUUUUCUGUGAUCUCGACUACGACCCUUUUUUGAUUAUGCAAGACCAGAACAAAGUUUAUGGAUUCACCGUAUCAUUAUACGAAUACGAGGCAACGAUCCCUACUUUGUGGCAAGCAGUCAAAGAAUUCAUCACCGCGAAUCCAGACCUCGUAUCUCCUGACAACGCGAUGGCCUUCCUUUCAGACGACGGUGGAGAAAGUUAUAACCGAUGCCAUUUCUGGUCCAACUUCGAAAUCGGCGAUUUGAAUCUAUGGAGAAGCGAAAGCUACAUGAAGUUUUUCGAGUAUCUUGAUAACAAAGGUGGUUUCUACUACGAGCGUUGGGGAGAUGCCCCAGUUCACUCCAUAGGUGCCGCAUUGUUUGCGAAGAAGGAGCAGAUUCACUUCUUCAACGAUAUAGGCUACCGGCAUGAACCUUUUCAGCAUUGCCCACAAGGUGAAGCUCAUUCAAAGGGAAAGUGUUGGUGCGAUCCAGCUCAGAACUUCGACUAUGAGUGGUAUUCAUGUCUAGCUCGAUAUGACAAGAUGUUUUCAUAG